AAUACAUCUUUACAUUGAAAUUUGAAACCGUAAUCAUUGAAGAGUGUGCUUAUUUUUAGUCUUUUCAUAGUGAUUUUCCUCUCUUAAUCCCCCAAACCCAAAAAGUUCAUUUCCACACGUGACUUUCACGUGACCACUACACAUCUCUACCUGGCAACUCGAGAAAAUUCAAUUCUCCUCCUCUUUCUCUCUCUAAAACGCUGAUCACCUACGAUGCUCCCACGAUUACUACAAUGAUACCUCGCCGGAGCUUUAACACUGCCGUAGGGGUGGCUACUGAAUCCUAUCAAAUAACAUUUGUGGAAAAAAAAAAAAAAAAAACAUAAGCCUCUUAUUAAUUAUCUGUCUUUAGGCCGCUAAUUUUAUUGAGUCACCCUUGUUAAUUUCACCACACCAGUCCAAUAAAUAAGCCCUUGCGAUAUGGGUAACAAACGCGUACCUGAUUGGCUGAACAGCUCUCUUUGGUCUUCACCUGGACCACCACAACAACCUUCAGUUCAAUCUCCAUCUCCAUCGUUAACGCCGUUACAUGACGAUGAAGACGACCGUUCAGCUACCGUUAACGUCGUCAAAGCUGGCGGAGAGUUUCCGGCUGUGAUUAGAGCGGAGACUACGCGUCACGCGCCUACACGCGCUUCCAAAGCGGAAAUUAGUAGUAGUAGUAAUUACCAUAGUGAUAAUGAUGAUAAUGGAAGUUCCGCUAGUAGUACUACUACUACUACCAUAUCUGCAUCUGCUGUUGCUGCUGCUAUUUCUUCAGCUGAGGAUAUUUCUCGUCAGGCUCAGCUUUCUCAAGAGUUGUCAAGAAAGAUUAUAAAUAUGGGAGAAGUAAGGAGGCUAGCAUCACAAGGGAUACCGGAUGGAGCUGGAAUUCGUGCUACAGUGUGGAAGCUAUUAUUGGGAUAUUUGCCAACCGAGAAAGCACUAUGGCCAGCAGAGUUGGCUAAAAAGAGGUCUCAAUACAAGAACUUUAAAGAGGAGCUUUUGAUGAAUCCCUCGGAGAUUACGAGGAAGUUGGAGAAGUCGGUAGUUCUUGAUGAUGAAGGAAUAGCGAUAGAGGACAAGGGUGCACUCCCAAGAUCAGAGAUAACUCAAGGAGACCAUCCCUUAAGUCUUGGGAAGAAUAGCAUCUGGAAUCAGUUCUUCCAGGACACGGAAAUAAUCGAACAGAUUGAUCGUGAUGUCAAGCGCACACAUCCAGACCUGCACUUUUUCUCUGGGGACACACCAUUUGCAAAAUCUAACCAGGAUUCUCUGAGGAAUAUACUCAUUGUUUUUGCCAAACUAAAUCCUGGUAUAAGAUAUGUGCAAGGGAUGAAUGAAAUAUUGGCUCCACUGUUCUAUGUAUUCAGGAACGAUCCCAAUGAGGAAAAUGCAGCUUCUGCAGAAGCAGACACUUUCUUCUGCUUCGUGGAGCUAUUGAGUGGAUUUCGUGAUCAUUUUUGUCAGCAACUUGACAAUAGUGUUGUUGGAAUUCGUUCUACAAUUACAAAGUUAUCACAAUUUCUGAAAGAACAUGAUGAGGAGCUCUGGCGGCAUCUUGAAAUGACAACAAAAGUGAAUCCACAGUUCUAUGCAUUCAGAUGGAUAACACUCCUUCUAACACAAGAAUUCAACUUCACGGAGAGUCUGCUUAUAUGGGACACACUACUCAGCGAUCCUGAAGGACCUCUGGAAACGCUGCUUCGAGUCUGCUGUGCUAUGUUAAUUAUCGUACGGAGGCGUCUACUUGCUGGCGAUUUCACCUCUAAUUUGAAGCUACUGCAAAAUUAUCCAUCCACAAAUAUCAGCCACCUGAUCUAUGUAGCCAAUAAACUACGUGUUAAAUCAGCUGGCUAGAACUGUCAAGCGGAAAAGAAGUUUUGGUUGUCCAGUCUAAUUCUUUGUAUUUCUUGAUAUUGUCAUGUUAGAAUGUAAAUGUCUUAUUAAAUCAGUAGUAGACAUCUGCAACCCACCCCCCACCCCCGCCCCCACCCCGCUUUCUUCCCAUCUCUCCCAACAUUUUGUUUUGCAUUUUGGUGUCAGCAGAUUGAAAUAGAAUGUAUGGUUUGCUCUU